AUGUGCCAAACGAAACUUCUUUUAUAUAAUACAUACUUAGCACCACAACAGGACUAUGAUUGUCUGUAUAGUAGCAAAUUCGAAGAUCGUCGUUAUGUACUCAUUCCUUAUUGUAUUCGAUUGAACGAAACAGAGUUAAUGGAUGAGCAAAAUUUUCAACUAAAUCCAUCACACAUCCGAGGUGUUCGAUAUUCGUUCGACGAGCUUCGUCGAACUAAUGUUACUAUUGAUCAGCUUUAUAAAUGGGAUGCUCCGCUGGACGUAAUUGAGUGCUAUGUAACGUACAACAAUGAAGUAAACGAAAAUGCUUUUUUCUGGAAUUGUACAGCACCUUGGUUUGGUCGUUUCUGCCAAUAUAAUUAUGGUUUUGACUCUCAUUACUCUGAUUUAAAAAGCAUCUUAGCUGAACGGCUGAAGGCGCGACUUGAUAUACCUGUAAUGGGUGUUCUAGGCAUUACGAAUGAAGGUACAUGCUAUACUGGCUUACCAAAAUGUAAUAUUGGCGGAGAACGAUGUUUAGAUUGGCGUGAAAUAUGCAAUGGACAAGUGGACUGUUUGAAUGGUGAAGAUGAGCUUAAUUGUUGGCAAAUGGAGAUCAACGAAUGCCGAUCUGAUGAGUUUCGAUGUACAAACGGUGCUUGCAUUCCCGAAGAAUUUUUCCGUGACUUAAGUACUGAAUGUGCAGAUCAAAGUGACGAAAUUUUCGAUAUUCGACGCCUUAAUUUCGGUAACUAUAGAUUCAUGGAAAACUACCUUCAAUAUCAGUGCAAACUUUUCUAG